CAGUCGCAUGAUCUCUGCUCCAGAAGCAACACGUCGCAUUCUUGAAUAUUGACUGACAGUUGGCCUAAAACAUCAGGAAAGUGAAAGAAGACGUUAUCAACUAUUUGAAGUACCAAAUCUAACAACUCCAACAAGGAAUUUGUUCCCUCGGAUCAUUGUCCAACCACAUCAAGAUGUGUGCAUGUGGACUCCCUCUAUGUUGGAACUCAAUUCUCUUGAAGUAAUCCACGAUGCAAUAUUUACCAAACGGACUAUUCUUUUUCAACUGCAAUACAUGCAUAAUUACCUCAAUCAACUUAUUGAAGAGAGUUUACAAGCAGCGGAGAACGCAACAAGUAAAAAAGAGUGAAAGAAAAUUCUUCAAGCCUUUGAUUAACAACAAGACAGAGCAGGAAUAAUGAAUAAAGGGAACAUGAAGUUUGCACCUUUUCUGGGUAUAUUUCUGCUUUUGAUGCAAAACGUCGAAUGUUUCGGCGCGAAGGACCACAGAUGGAUAAACACAGACACUGAAGGACGAUACACAAGGCAUAUAGAAGACCAUAAAUUUCUGGCACCGAGGAAGAUAAAUAAGGACGGCGAGUUCUUGUCCUACUCCAUUCCGCACUUCUACGAACGAGAUACGAGCAGGCGAAAAAAACGAGAUCUUCCGGACGAAUCCGAAAAAGUGCAUUACGGCCUUGCAAUUUACGGCAAGGAACAACUCGUAGAACUCUGGCCUAACUAUGACUUCAUAUCACCAGGAAUGAUGAUAGAAGAACGGGGUCCUGGCGCUAGCGUAGACGUCAAUAAAGUAAAGAUAAGACCAGCGAACAGAACUCAGUGUCAUUACGUCGGCCGCGUAAAAGGUCAGAACAACUCUCGUGUAGUACUCUCGGUCUGCGACGGAAUGUCUGGCUACAUUAAGACGAACGAAGGUCAUUACUUCAUCGAGCCCAUGAAAGGUCACCAGCGGGAGGAGGAUGGCCUGCAAGUACACAUAGUGCAUAAGAGAUCUGUAAGCGAACACAAAACCUGUGGCACUGGCGGCUGGGAGGACGGAUGGCGAGACCGCCUUAAGUUGGAGCACAGAUGGGUUCGGACCGCGAGGUCGACCACUGAUAGCAAACACCGCUACUUGAAGCUGCUUGUGGUGGCCGAUAAGUCGUUUCUGUACUACCAUAAGAACAUCGACGUCGAGACCUACAUCCUGACUGUAAUGAACAUGGCGUCUGACUUCUAUCACGAUGCCAGUUCCGGAAACCUUAUGGACAUUGUAGUAGUGCGUAUCAUCUACUUGUACAAGCAGGAGGAAGAAAAAGACCUCUACAUCAACCGAGAUGCUGAAAAGACGCUUAAAAGCUUUUGCGAGUGGCAAGCAUCGGUAAACCCACAAGACGUAACGCAUCCCAACCAUCACGAUAUUGCUGUUCUGCUCACGAGGUACGAUAUCUGCUCUGAUAACGUGACCGAGUGCGGUCUCCUGGGGCUCGCUUACUUGGCACAAGCCUGCAAUCCCAAAAUGUCGUGCGCUAUCUGCGAAGAUACUGGAUUGGCACUGGGAAUCACUGUAACCCACGAGGUCGGGCACGUAAUGGGCUGUGGGCACGACGACAAGAUCGAUUCAGAAUGCGAGCCCAUGGCAGACAAGGUCAACGCCCACGUCAUGUCACCAUAUGUUCAAAUGGCGACUGCAAAUUGGUCAACAUGCAGCAAGAAGUUCAUGCAGGAGUUUCUCGACAACGGACUCGGAGACUGCCUUUUGGACGAACCGCAAGAAUACAACUUCAAUUUACCGGACAUGCCUCCUGGAGCUAUGUACGACGCUAACUUUCAAUGCGCUCAGGACUUCAAGAUUCCGGACACAGUGUCCUGUGACAUGGGUCCUGAAGCCAACUGCGAAGCUCUAUACUGUGAGCAUACACCCAAAAAAUGUGGGUCACACAUGCAGCCACCUGCUGAUGGAACCAGAUGUGCUGCCAACAAAUGGUGCUAUAACAGGAAGUGCGUGCCAUAUGGGCUGAGACCCCAGGCUAGGAACGGAGAAUGGGGUGCGUGGACAUCGUGGUCCGACUGCUCCCGAACCUGUGGAGGAGGCGUCAGCUUUAGCGAACGAGACUGCAACAAUCCUGCACCCCAAAACCACGGCAGGUACUGCCUGGGAGCGCGUAAGAAAUACCGCGUCUGCAAUACAAGUCCGUGCGACCCCAAAGACGCUACCUUCCGAGAAGAGCAGUGCAGCCAACAUGACGAUACGGUGCAUCAUUGGACCCCGUUUUUAAAGAUUGAGCCAAAAGAAGUGUGUAAUUUGUUGUGUAUAAACGAAGACGGAAUUAUCAAGUCGAUGUCACCAAGAGUAAAAGAUGGAACUCCCUGCAGACCAGGAACCAAGGACCUGUGUACAGCGGGCACGUGUCAAGUUGUUGGAUGUAACUGGAUUCUAGGGUCGGACGCCGUUGAAGACCAGUGCGGGGUGUGCAACGGUGAAGGCAAGGAGUGCACAAUUGUGGAAGAUACAUUCAAGGACACCGGAAGAGGAUAUGUGAAGAUAGCAACCAUUCCUGCCGGUAGCAUGAGGAUAUCAAUCGAGGAGCUAAACCCAAGUACCAACACGCUAGCCCUGAAGGCAGAGGAUGAUAAAACGUUUUACCUGAAUGGAGACUACAGCGAGGAGAGCGACAAGGAACUUCAUCUCUCUGGAACAGUCGGCUAUUAUUUCCACCCAAAGGCAGACCAAGAGAAGAUUGUCAUCGAUGGUCCAACAACAAACCAGAUUCUUCUGUAUGGAUGCUUCUUCGGCGACGCAAAUCCUGGCAUCACUUACAAAUACGCAAUGCCUAACAGUGGACAGAAAGAAACCUAUGAGCCCAAAUACCACUGGGAGUUCGUGGAAUGGGGCGAGUGCAACAGGCGAUGUGGGGGUGGGACACAGGAGUCUGAACCCAAGUGCGUCGAGAAACGAGACGGAGUAGUCAGUGAUUCAUUUUGCCCGUCGGCUGACAAACCGAAGGUAACAAACCGCCCUUGCAACCAGGAACCAUGCAAGGCGCGUUGGAAACCCGGUCAAUGGGGAAAGUGUAACGGAUGCGUGUUCAAAACCGGAUAUAGGAUCCGGGGGGUUGAAUGUAUUCAGGAAUCGCCAAUUAAAAACGAGGAGACAAGAACAGAUGAUAGGAACUGCAAGGGAAAGAAGCCACAGCACGCGGUCUUAUGCAACAGCUUCAAACCGUGCGGGAACGACGAGAUCAGGUUUCCGAGGAAAGCGUAGCACAAGACCAAUCACAAAGGGUUGGGAACGCGUUCAAUUGUGGUAGAUAAAGCCCCUCCGAAGCGUUUCCAUAUAUUCGAGGUGCCCAAUCAGAAAACAAAGAACGAAAUGAUUUUCUCGGACGAGGCGAGUUAAGCAUUGGGAGACCAAGGGAACCAAAGCACAACAGCAGAUAAAGGAGGGACAAAGGGAGAUAGAAAGAAAUAAAAUAUUGCAAAAAGUGCAAUAAAUGUGUACAAACAAGACUGUUCAUAAACUCUGUGAAAUUAUUAAAAUACUUUUUACCUCUGUAAAA